AUGUCAUCUCCUAUAUUCUUACGCCAGAUAGCUCUGGUGGCAUACGACUUGCCGAAAUCCAACGACAUCAUCACCAAAGGCUUGAAUCUCGAACAAGUUUUCCACGAUCCUGAAGUUGAGGAAUUCGGUCUCCACAAUACACUCUGGGUGCUUGGAGGCGGUGUCUUUCUAGAAGUCGUUGCACCAUUACCCGGUCGCGACAUCAACAAAGUCUCUGGCGGUCGUUUCCUGAAAGCACGGAAAGGCGAUGGUGGAUAUAUGAUUAUUUUGCAAAUGAAGGAUGCUACACCGACCAUUAAACGUAUGAAGGAAGACAUGGGGAUCAGAGUUGUGUGGGGAACUGGUGGUGAAGGGCAUGGAUCUGCAGGUGACGCUGGCGCACAUUUCCACCCAAAGGACACUCGAGGCGGUAACAUUCUGUCCAUAUCCCAUCACGCCAAAUAUGGCGGUGAUCCUGUAGCAAGUCCACUAGCAGACUGGCCUGCUGGAGGUCCACGUGAUAUAUGGAUCCCAGCCUCGAAACGCGCCGACAAGAUACGGCUUGUAGGAUGCUCUAUACAGUCUGAUAACCCAAAGGAGCUAGCCGCUCAUUGGAGUCAAAUGCUGAAUCUGCCUGUCAGUUUGGAUAAAGGCAUUCCAUGUAUAGAUUUCUCGAAUGCGAGGCUCAAGUUUGUGGAAGGCACUGAUGGCAGAGGUGAAGGGAUUUGUGAGUUGGAUGUUGCUGUGGAAGAUGUCAGUGCUGCGACGAAGCGGGCUAUAGGUGCAGGUGGUAGAUUACAGGGUGACCGAGUGGAAAUGGUUGGGAUGUGGUUUCACUUUGUUCCGUUGACUGCAAGUGUUGGAGUUCAGGCCAAACUUUGA